CUUGACUUUUCUCAUUGAGGCUACCAGGCAGCAGUAGUCCGUGCCCAAGCCUGCAGGAUGGCUUCAGAAGGAGCAUCUCCAGUGCUGGGAACGGAUGUGACCAUGAACCCCGGUGCCUCCUUGUCUACUUUCACGGCAGUGCCCUUCCCUCCACCCAUUCCUGGCGCCCAGCACCGGCCACCCUGGCAGCAGCACUUGCCACCUCCCAUCACCCCAGCAUUCCCUCCUGGCAGCAGCCUGCUGCUGCCAGCUUUCCCCAGGACGCCUUUGGUGGCUAAUGGUGGCCAUGGCCCCAGUGCCCCUGGGGCUUGCAACCUCACUGUCCAAGUCAGGUCACAAGGGAGGCCAGUGGAGGCCCCCCAGGCUCAGACCUUUGUCGUUGCUCAGGCCCCCCUCAACUGGAGCGCUCCAGGGGCCCUCAGCAGGAGUGCUGCAUGUCCUGCACCCGUAUUCAUAGCAACCCCUGUGAUGGGGACUGUUGCGACUGCUCCAGCUGUUGGAGUUAGUCAGGCUGGCAAGGGAGGCUGGACCCCAGGCUUUCCUCCUCAAGCUCCACCACCAGCUGCCCAGCUGGCCCCUAUCAUUCGCCCAGUGAACUCUGGGCCAUGGCCACAUGGCGCUUCCAGGGAGGGCCGCCUGGCCACCAACCAGUCCAACGCCUCGCAGGACGGCUCCUCUAACACCCAGAGCGUGUACAGUAACUUCCGACGUUGGCAGCACCUCAAGCCCCUGGCCCGGAGACACUUUCACCGGAGUCCUGAUGCAGAAGCUUUUUCUUGCUUUCUCAUCCCAGUGCUUCGAUCCCUGGCCCGCCUGAAUCCCAACAUGCCGCUGGAGGAGGGACUGCGGAGGGCCGUGCAGGAAUGGCGGCGCAUAAGCAACCUUGACCGGAUGAUCUACUACAAGAUGGCGGAAAAGUUCAUGGAAUUUGCGGCCGAGGAGGAGAUGCACAUUCAGCAUUCGCAGUGGAUGCAGUGCGCGCAGGACCUGCCUCCUUCAGCCCUACCGAAGCUGGAUCCUCGGGGGCCCCCAGCCCCGCCACACAGAUCCCAGCGGACCCCGGAGCCCAAGGCACCCAAGGAGAUUCCCCCUGAGGCUGUGAGGGAGUAUGUGGACAUCAUGGAGGCGCUGGUGGGGCCCGUCCACUCAGCCACUGGCGAGUCAGUUGCAGAAUGUGGAGAGGAUGGAAAUGAGCUGAAGCAGGAAGAGGACAGCACCUACUUGGACCCGGGUCUCUUGAGCUACAUUGACAAGCUGUGUUCCCAGGAAGACUUUGUCACCAUGGUGGAGGCAGUCAUUCACCCUCGAUUCCUGGCAGAAUUGCUUUCCCCAGACCCACAGCUGGAUCUCUUGGCCCUUGCUGAAGAGCUGGAGCAGGAGGAAGGACUCACCCCUGAAGAACUGGUGCAGAAACGACUCCUGGACUUGAAAGAGGACGAGGGUGGGCCGGCAGCCCCGAGCCACAGUGCACCCGGAAUGGGCUCAAGUCCAUCUGAGGCCCACGCCGGCCAAGACACUGGCCCGUUCGGGCCCAAAGUCUUUGUUUCCUCUCGAGGACGUCAGGAGGUCUCUCCAUUCCGGGCCGGACGGCCCUCCCCUCCCCAGGGUCAAAGGCGCACUGGCCCUCUACUGGGACCCAGGGAUGCGUCUGUUCUCAGAGAAGCGUCUCCUGUUCGGGAGGCCCGAGGGCCCAGGGACACGUCCAGUGAGGACGAGGAGGAGCUCCCCAGCCUGGCCUUCCUCUUGGCCUCUCCGCAGAGCCUGCUGCCUUGCUGGCUGUCCCAGAGUCCUGCCCCUGCCUCAGGCCUGGCCUCCCCUGGAGGUUGGGGGGCCCAGAGUGCUCCCCAGGCCCCCUCCCCUCGGAGAAGAGGCCCCAGCCCAGCUCCACCAGCCGCUCCCAAGUCGAGGAAGCGGGCUCUGUGUGGGCGCCCAGCCGCUGCUGAGAAGCUGCCCAUCCCCGGGCCUGGCCACGGGGUCUCUGCGAGGCCAGCCUUGGCUCUGGGCCUGGCUCGCCCCUCACAGCCGAGAAAGAGAAAGCGUGACCCUUUUGUCACAGGGAAAAGGAGGAAGAAGCAGAGGAAGCACUGUAGCCAGUAG